AUGAAUACAGACACACAGAGAGACAACAUUUGUGAGUCGAAGACAGUUGGUCGUGGAAAUAUCAAUUACAACAACAAUAAUGCUGAAUAUAACGUUACGAACUGUAAUAUUCACAACCGCUACUCACGUAGAUUUUCUUCGACGUAUACACCAAUGUUACCAUCUACGUUCGACAUGCCGCUGACACCAGAAGAGGACGAGCUCAAACAAAUAAACAUUGACAAUUAUUCACAUCUGGCUCUAUCAUACUCUAACGCAUUAUUUGGAUCAAACGCAAUAUCCCACUCUAUGCCUUUCCCCCCAACGCCGCCAUCGCCUCCAGAGAAUCUGCCUUUCGACCCAUCACCAAUCCUCACCGCAGAUGAAUUUAAUUCCAUUUUCGAGAGCUUUGACGUUGUAUAUGAGGACAAAAGAGCCGAAUGGACGAAUUAUACCUAUAACCAUCAACACGAAUUUAAUGACUACGGAGAUAUGGAUGAAUUAAACCUAGAUAACAAUAACAAAAACCCUGAUUAUGGAUGUAUUUAUGAUGAUGAAUGCGCGAAUAAUAAUAAUGUUCAUGACCACCUUGCAUUAAUACUGGGUGAUCUGUCCAUUGACAGAUGA